GGUGGUGCAAGGAAUCAACUCGGCACGUGUACAUUCAGAUACAAAUGGCGUGGUGUCCACCACACGUUGCGUCUGCAACCUCCCGCAAAAUGGCGGUAGGCGGCAAUUCACAAAAAGAACAAUGACAUUCAAAAGACACUUACAUCAUAAAGCAGGUGAAACUGUCGCCGCACUCGGCGAGACCUCGAGUGCGCAGAGCGAGCAACUUUGCCUCGCCCUGCGAGAGCCCGGAAUCGAUCCCGCAAUAAUCGGAUCGGCGGAAACCGGCAGGCCACUGAGGCCUCCACUGAGCAACCGAAAUCCAGAUCGGGAGACCGCCGCAGAGCGCCCUCCGCGGCCCCUCCCCCCCGUGGGAGGUCCGGAGGCCCGCCGAGCCCCCCUGCCCGUCGCAGGGCGGCGGCCGCCGAGCCCUCCUCGGGGAAGCGCACGGGCCGCGGCAGGUGCGCGCGGUGCCGCCUCCGGCGCUGGCUCGAGCCCGUGCAGGGCCACUGCGCCCUCGGCAGCGGAUCUGCGUGAGGCCGCGCCGAGCGCACGAGCGUGCCGGGCCGGCAGUUGUUCGGUGGACAGCGCCCAGGGAGGAGGGCUGCGUUCCCCACAAUCGGGACGCUGGUGGCCGCUUUGGGCCCAGAAAGGGCUUGCUGUUCUUCAGGUCCUUCCGUGGCUGUUCCGCUGCCCCACGGUACAUCAUUUACAAUGCCGAGACCAAUCACGCCGUUACGUAGAACACGGCUAGCCGGUCUGCAGACGAAGCCACCCUCGCGAGGAGGGAGGAGGAGGAGGAAGAGGAGGAGGAGGAGGAGGAGGGAGGAGGAGGAGGAGGAGUAGCAGAGUCUCUGCGAGGCAGCGCUCCCUCGCCAGAUCGUCGCUAUGUACAGUGGAGCAGCGGCGGCGAGCUUCUGCUGCCGCCGCGGUGCGAAGGGCCUCGCCACCACCACACUGCUCCUUUGAGGGGGUGGUCACACGGGAUGCAUGCAUUCCUGGAGGAAAGACGAAUCACAAACAAAAAAACAGGUCCAGAGGUCCACGUGGAUGUCUCGGAUCUGCGCUGGGCAACCCUCCCUGGCGCGCGGAGCGCGGGAAGCACCGCCAUGGGGUCCCAACGUACCUUCAGACAACCGCGCGAAUCUCCGAGCGUAUUUGUCGAAGCCACUUCUUGUCCCUCGACAUCAUCUGAGGAAACGAAGAGAUACCGAUGCCCCUACUCCCAGUUUGUUUUUGAUCGGUGGGCCGGUACCUGCGGAUGCUCGCUCGGUGGGCGACCGUGGCUGCCUCGUGCCAGGCUUCGGGCGCGGGCUGGCAUCUCCAGAUUGUCGCUCGGUGGCACGCCAUGGGCUGCGUCUUGUAGAUUUCACGUUGCGGCGUGCACGCGUGCACCACGUAGCCAAAUCCCAC